AUGCCUUCGGAAUCCGAUAAAGAGGGGGCUAAGGAGGAGGAGACAAAGGAGGAGUCCAAGGAGGGAAGCGACGGCGAGAGGAAGCGGGAUAAGGUUGGCGAAUUUUUCAAAAAGAGCCUCACUAAAGGCGAACAGGCCUUGAAGCAGGCCAUGGGUCUGGGCCAUAAACCCAACGUGGUCCCGGUGACCAAGCCUGUGGCUAACGGCCCGGCGAGGCCAGUCGAGGUCGGCUGGCACCCCGUCGGAGGGUUCGCGGGGAAAUGGUUCGCCGAGGAGACCGGGCUGGGGAAGAUGAUCACGGAGCGGAUCAAUAGGUACCCGGAUCCUACCCAGCAUUGGGCCGUGCUUGUCGGCGACUAUGCCCAUCAGUUGUGGAUGGAUGAGAAUUUCCAUGUCAUCUACACCAACGAAAAGGUCAACCGGGAGGAGUGGCGCACUUUCCAGGUGGGCGAGACACGCUUCAAUGACGAUGCAAUUCGACGUACAGGGGAGUCCGUGAUCCAGAGCAUGCGGGAGAAGCAGCCAGCCUACAACCUCAUCACCAACAACUGCCAAACCUAUGCAUUGCAGCUGCUCGACGCCAUCAAAAUCGGCAUGGACAAGGAAUUCCCCACCACCCUGGCCGUCUACGAGAGGCUGGUCGGCCCCGGCAAGGUCAUGGAUCUCUUCUCUGCCACAGUCGAGGUGGAGGAUGAAGACGCAGAGGCGCCGGCGGAACAACAACCGAACUCGGUCUCGUUGGCCCAGCAGGUCAUGCACGACAACACUACCCAGCUGAACACGCAGGACGAGUUGGACAGGCAUGAGAGCGAGAAGAGUAAGAAACGCGGUGGUCUCCUGUCGCGCUUUACGCGCGGGUUGAAGAGCAGCUAG